AAAAACCCUAAAAAAAUUAGAUAAAAAAUAAAUCUAUACAUACAAAAAAAAUAUUUCUAUCAUAUCAGAAUCAUAUCAAUCCAAUGGCCAAAAAGAAAUCAAACCAACAAUCUGAUAACAAUAACAACACAAACACAAACAUGGUGGAUUCUGAAAAACUUGACAGUUUAAAAUCACUCAACACAAUGUUGCUUAAGGAAACUGUGGAGCGCCGUCAACAGGUUGACUCUUUGACUAAUUUGAAUAUUUCUCUUGAAUCUGAGCUUAAUUUAUGUAAAUCUGAUAUGGGUUUGUUGAAAUCUGAGAUGGGUUUGUUAAAUGAUAAGGCUUUGAGGUUAGAAUCUGAGAAAGGGUUAGUUUGUAAGGAUUUUGAGGAGAAAAUGAGUGAUUUGAAUGAGAAAGUUUGUGGUUUGGAGAGAGAUUUGAGUCGGGUUUUCAACGAAAAGGAGGGUAAGGUAUCGGAGAUUUUGGUUUUGACGAAUAGGGUUAGGGAGCUUGAAAGUGAGGUUGAGGGAGAGAAGGUUAGGUUAGUGAAAGUUUGCGAGGAGAGGGAUCGAAAAGUAGGGGAAAUGGAGAAGAGGGAGGUUUUGGUUUCGGAUGAGUUGAAGAAAGUUAAGGGUGGUUUUGAUGAGUUGGUUAAGGAAAAGAAGGCGGUCGAGAAGAAGAUGGGGUUGGUGGUUAGUGAAAAGGAAAUUGUCGAGAAGAGUUUGGUUGAAUCGAAGGCGUUGGUUGAGAAGUUGAAGAUGGAUGUUGAUGGGAUUGGGAAAGAGAAGUCGGUGAUUGAAGAUGAGGUGAAAGUGCUAGAGAAGAAGAAGAGCGAGUUGCAGAAGCGAGUUGAUGUUAUGAAUGGAUUGAUGCAGAAGCUUCGAGAAGAGGAAGAGUGUUUGGUUAGGAAGGUUGCUGAGUUGGAGAAGCAAUGUGUGGCGAGUUUGGAAAAGGAGGCAGAAAUGAGUAAGGAAAUCGGUGUAUUGGUGAAAGAGAGAGUAGGACUUGAAGAGGGUGUUGAAAGGUUGAGUGAAGAGAAGAGUUUGGUUGAGAAUGAUUUGAACGAGGCAUUGAAGAGUUUAAGAAACCAGAAUGUUAAGAUAGCUCAAUUGGAGAAAGAGAAAAAAGAGCUUAGUGAUGCAAAGGAACUUGGGGAGAGUGAGAUGAUUAAACUGAAAGAAGAAUCGGAGGAAUUUAAGAAUACAAUUUCUAGCCUUCAAAAGUCUAGCAUUGUUCAGGUUGAUAAAAUUAAGCAACUGCAGUCUGAGGUUAGCGAUUAUGAAGCUGCAUUGGAGCAAGCAACAAAAGAAAGAGAUAGUGCGUCAAAGAAAGUUGCUGAUUUGGAGAAGAAAUGUUUGGCGAUUUUGGAAAAGGAGGUGGAAAUGAGUAUGCAAAUUGAUGUUUUGGUGAAAGAGAAACAAGAGAUCGACGGGGUUGUUGAAAAGUUGAGUCAAGAGAAGAGUUUGGCUGAAAAAGAUCUGAAUGAGGCUUUGAAUCAUCUGAGACGCCAGAACAUUUCUAUAGAACAUUUGGUCAAAGAGAAAAAAGAGAUAAGUGAUGCAAAGAGUAUUAGUGAAAAUGAUAUUACCAAGCUUAAUGAACAGUUGGAAAUUUUCAAGGAUACGAUUUCUAGCCUUCAAAAAUCUAGCAUUGUUCAAGUUGCGGAAGUUAAGCAACUGGAGUCUGAGGUUAAGCGUUAUGAAGCAGCAUUGGAGCAAACAACAAAAGAAAGAAACAGUGCACGAGCCGAUUAUGAUGGGGAGAAACUUAAAGUGAAGAAUCUGAAUGAAAAGCUUUCUGAAAUGCAGAAGACUGUCGAAGAAAUGUCCAAGAAGUUAUCCAAGAUGCAGAAGGACUCUGAAAAAGGCCUUGCAGAAAAGAAGGAAUUGGAAAAGGCCCGUGAAGGUUUAGCAAAUGAGAUUCAGGUGACAAAGAAAUCACUUGUUAAAACCCAAAAGGAAUACGAUGAUGUGAAAGCUAAACUAACACUGUCUGAAGCUAACAUGGGCCAAAUCUUGAAAUUGUUGAAGGAUGUUUCUUUGAUUUGUAACUCAAAGGAAUAUGAUAUCAUAGCUAAUGAUCGAGAAACUAAAUGUGGGGAGGAAAUUAAACAUCAUGUGAAAGAAGUUGAGGCAAUCAAGAAAGCGAUCAAGGAUAAAGAGAGUAAUCUGGAUGAAAUGAGGAAACAACUUGAGUUGCUUAAAGUUUGUGUUGCAAAAGCUGAUAAGGGUAAAAGCAUCUGGGCAAUGGCUUUUUCAGCAACAACCAUGCUAGCUGCUGUUUCUUUGGCAUAUGUUGCUCGAGGAGGCCACUAAUUUGCGUUAAUGAAGGAUUCUGCUAAUCCUAACAGGUUAAUGUGCUUUUAGAAUGUUGUUAGUUAAUGGGUUAAUCAUAUUUUUGAAUUUUAACUGAGUUAUCACUGCCUUAUUGCCUUAAUCCAUGUUCUUGAUUAAGUUGACAAUAAUUGAGGAUGGAAAUAUUUUAUGGCCUUAUGACCAAAUUGUACUAAUUGCAACAAGUUUUGGAUAAUUUGGCUUACUUGAA